AUGGCCGACUCUCCAAACCAUCAUAAUCAACAUCCCCCAAAACGACAACAUUUAUUCUCCCCUUUCAACCCUCCUGCAUUCAGCUUCCUGGACCCAUACAUUGACACUCAAGAUGAUGGAAUCAUAGAUCCAGUCAAUACCUCAACUAUAUAUGACUCGCCUUCAUCGCUGCUUCAACCAUUGCGUGACUUGUUACUCUCGUCUGAAAGGUUGGAAAAGCCAAGGUCAAGUCGAUUUCCGUGGCUAGAACCGCAGAAUGACUCUGAUCAAGCAAAUCUAUCAUUCCCAUCACUCCCGCAGACGGAUGCCUUGCUACAUGAAUCUUCUCUAUCACCACAUGGCAAAGCUCAUCACGAGACAUGUUCGCCUGGCAAUUCUGCCAAUUGUGGCUCGAUGCAAGCGGCUGCAGCAGCAGAACCGACGCCACGUAGCUCUGCCAAACCAAACUUGUUUCAGACUGGCCAAGCAACACCACACGAAACUCCAAAUCGUCCUUGGCCUCGCGAGUCUCUGGAUGGCUCUUAUGGAGUCGGGAAUCGUGGAAGAUCUCGCUCUAGUCCACAUCUUGCUCGAACAUUGUUUACCCCACCAUUUACUCCAAGACUAUAUUCUAGAUCUGGUUUGAGUGAUGAUGGAUCUCCACGAGGGUCGUCGUCAAUCCACGAUUACAUUGCCAGUCUCACAUCAUCUAUUCAAGAUGAUGUCGAGUUUCCAAUCAAUGAUACACUUGUUAUGAGAGAUGCUACUAGAAACUCUCUAUUGCCAUCUCUGCCUCCUUCUCGUAUAGUCAUCAUAGAGAGCGUAGAUGAAGACGUGUCUUUUGACGAGUUGCGCUCUGCUCUGAUGACUCAUGGUGAAAUACGUCACUUGUCAAUUUAUGGAACUACAUGCAUUUGUGUGUACUACCAUCUUGGUGCUGCUGUUGAUUGUGUGAAUCAUCUACGAAAGUAUGGAUUGGCUCAUCAGCAAGUUACCGUGGCAUUUGGCAACCUUGGAACUCUACGCAAGAUUGGACCUGUACCUGAAGAUGUCUUGGUCAAUCAAGGAACUUUGAUUGUUUGGAAUUAUGGUGGUGGUGCCGAAAAUCUAUUGACUAUACUCAGAAAGUGUGGAGAAGUCAAGUCAAUAGAGGAUCAUGAGCUAUGCCCAAAGACAGCUUUUGUCCUUGAAUUCUAUGAUAUUCGAAACGCAAAGCGUGCGUUGGAGUUUAUGCAACUAUAUCAGAAUGAUGUAUUUGUCGAGUACAAGGACCCUCUGAAAAGGACUUGGAUCCCUUCUACUGACUCGUCAUCUAAAUCAAACUACUUUUCGCCAUCACUACUUGAUUUGGAUCUUGAACCACUAUUCUACUUGUCGCCAGAUACCAGAACACUAUCAACUUCACCUACUCGAACACCUCCAUCGAACCACGAUGGCAGCAGUAGUUUAGAGUUUCCUGAUACACCACGUCGACUCAGUCGGCCUCGUGUACCAAACAUCGUCACCUCAUUCGACCAAUCGCCGUUGACGCAACGAUCUACUUGUGGUGGUGGUAGAGAUGGUGGAGCCAUGGCUGCUGGUGAACGAAGUCCGACAUUGUUUGCAAACACAUCACCAUACCAUCGUCUAGACUAUCCAAUGUCUCAACAAGUCUCAUCACCACAAUCAGAACGUACAAACAGUGCUCCAGUCGAUAUUCGACGUCCCAUACCACGUGGCCGAGCACGAUUGUUUCCUUCAACUGAUAUGGCCAGCCCAUUCAGUGGAAUGAACAAUGAUUCAUGGUUGGCCGCACCAUUGUCAUCAAAUAGUUUUGAUUCUCCCAUCUCGCCACUUCUUGUAUCGCCACGCUCCUCUGCUGCACCUGUCAUGGGUCAGCCACAACAGCAGCGUAGUGGUAGCAAUAGUUCUAGUAGCGGUAGUUCUGCUGCACAGAAGGGAGACUUUGACUUGGAAAGAGUUGUGGCUGGCCGUGACUCGCGUACUACUUUUAUGAUCAAGAAUAUACCCAACAAGUACACUCAGCAAAUGCUCAUUGACUUCUUGAAUGAUGGCCAUCUUGGAGAAUUUGACUUUCUUUAUUUGAGAAUUGACUUUUUGAACAGGUGCAAUGUUGGAUAUGCAUUCAUAAACUUUGUCUCCACAAAGUCAGUCAUUGCAUUCGCCGAACGUGUUGUUGGAAAACGUUGGCCACGCUUCAAUUCCACAAAGAUAUGCACUCUCAGCUAUGCCAAAGUUCAAGGACUUGAUUCUUUGAUCAGAAAGUUUCGAGAUUCGUCUGUGAUGCUUGAAGAGCCUGCAUUCAGACCCAAAUUGUUUCACACUGAGGGAAGUUUGAAAGGGCAAGAGCGAGACUUUCCUGCUCCUACUGCACCACUUCGACCAAGUUCUCGUGGCUUGUUUACUCGUGAAUUGGGAUACGUCCACACUCCUACAUUGAUGAAUGGAUCUCCUUCACGAGCAUCAACUGUUGACACAGAUGGUGUAGAGGCAUCUCUUGGCAAUUUGAUCUUGGAAGACGAGUCAAGCUUGUAG